GGGGCGGAGCCCAAACUCCAGUCCCGCAGACUCCAAGAUGGCGGCGCGGAAGAGUUCCGGUCGCACGUGCAGAGCUAAGGCGGAUUCCUCGGGCAGUCCGCCGCGCGUCUAUCUCCCGGGCCGGGGCCCGCCGCUGCAGGACGACGAGGAGCUGGUGCGGGACCAGGAAGCCUACGUAUUGUACCACCGCGCACAGACUGGCUCACCAUGCCUCAGCUUCGACGUGGUCCGAGACCAUCUGGGGGAUUCCCGCAGCUCAUUUCCCCUUUGCCUGUACCUAUGCGCCGGGACCCAGGCCCCCAGUGCCCAGAGCAACAGGCUGAUGGUGAUGCGCAUGCACAAUCUUUACGGCACCCAGAAAAGUGAGGCUUCUGAGGACAGCGAGAGUGAGAGUGAGGAGGAGGAGGAGGAGGAGGAAGAGAAGAAGCCCCAGCUGGAGCUGGCCAUGAUCCCCCACUAUGGAGCCAUCAACCGAGUGCGGGUGGCUUGGCUUGGGGAGACCCCGGUGGCUGGAGUGUGGUCAGAGAAAGGCCAGGUGGAGGUGUUCUCCCUCCGGAGGCCCCUGGAGGCCGUGGACGACCCCCAGGUCCUGGCCGCGUUCCUGCGGGAGGAGCAGGCCCAGACCCGGCCCCUGUUCGCCUUCGGCGGCCACAUGGCUGAGGGCUUUGCCCUGGACUGGUCCCCCCGGGUGCCUGGUCGUCUGCUGACCGGCGACUGUCAGAAGAACAUUCAUCUGUGGACCCCCACCAGCGGGGGCUCCUGGCACGUCGACCAGCGGCCCUUCGCCGCCCAUUCCCGCUCCGUGGAGGAUCUGCAGUGGUCACCCACUGAGGACACGGUGUUUGCGUCCUGCUCGGCUGACACCUCCAUCCGAAUAUGGGACAUCCGGGCGGCACCAAGCCGGGCCUGCAUGCUCACAGCCCCGGCCGCGCACGACGCGGAUGUCAACGUCAUCAGCUGGAGCCGCCAAGAGACGUCCUUCCUGCUCAGCGGAGGCGACGACGGGGCCCUCAAGGUCUGGGAUCUCCGGCAGUUCACGACGGGCUCCCCAGUGGCCACCUUCAAGCAGCACGUGGCACCCGUGACCUCUGUGGAGUGGCACCCCCAGGACGGUGGGGUCUUUGCCGCAGCCGGGGCUGACGACCAGCUCACUCAGUGGGAUCUGGCAGUGGAGCGGGACCCCGAAACAGAGGGCGCCGAGGCUGACGGAGACCCCCUGGUGGCCGAGCUCCCCCAGCAGCUGCUCUUCGUUCACCAAGGGGAGACGGACAUCAAAGAGUUGCAUUGGCACCCCCAGUGUCCCGGCGUCCUCAUCAGCACGGCCUUGUCCGGCUUCACCGUCUUCCGCACCAUCAGCGUCUGACCCCCGGCCUUCGGCCCCUUUCCCCUCCACAGGACUUGACUGCACCCGCCUGCCUUAAGAAUUGGGGUGGCUCGGCCGCCAUCCCACGCCAGGAGUUAACUUGGCGCCCUGUUGCUCCUCCCUCCCCCGGCGCACUCCGACGGAGCCCGUCUUGUUGAGGGGGGGUCACUGGAGGGGGGGCGCGUACGGGCAAUAAAGGAGAGACGAAGA